CUCACCGCACUCCUCAUUCCACUCCCCUAAACCCUUCUCUGAAGCCCCAGCACCCAAAAAGCUUCUCCUUUAUUUUUUCUCGACACAAAAAAAAAAACGCUUCUCCUUUCUUCCACCUCUAAAACAACCCAGAGAGUAGAAUGGGAGGCUGUGCCGCCUCCAGGCUCGCCGGCGGCGGCGGCGACGAGGACGACCCCGUCGCCCUCUGCCGCGAUCGGAAGCGCCUCCUCAAGGCAGCGGUCGACCGCCGGUAUGCCCUUGCCACCGCCCACUCUAACUACAUCCACUCCCUCCACGCUGUCGCGGCUGCCGUCGGCCUCUUCGUCGCCCGCCACUCCUCCCCUGCCCCCAUCCUCAUUACCCUUCCCUCCCCCUCCCCCUCCCCGCCUGCCUCCCCCUCCGCCUUCCUCCGCCACACGCCGGCGGAGCCCAAGACGGAGGCUUUCGCCCUUCGACCGUCGGUCUCCUCCCUCCGCUCCUCCUCCCCGUCGGUUUCGAGCUCCGGAAACGAGGGAGGGGAAGAGGAGGAGGGGAACAGGGGAAAGGAUGGGGGGUGUGGGUAUUUCUACGCGGGGACGCCAAUGCCGCCGCCGCCGCCGCCGGCGGGAGAGUUCGGGUGGGACUUCUUCAACCCGUUCGACGGGGUGCAGGUGGCGGAGGAGGCGGCGGCGAUGGUGGGGGGGCUCGGGCGGGGCUCUGACGAGGAUUUGAGGGUGGUGAGGGAGGAGGAGGGGAUUCCGGAGCUGGAGGAGGCUGAGGAGGAGGAGGAGGAGGAGAGAGAGGGAGACGAAGAGAAAAAGGUGGUACCUUUGGGGGUGGAAGAGAAGGAAAGUGGUGGCGGAGGUGAGGUGGGUGGCGGCGGAGGGGAGGAGAAGGGGCUGACAGUGACGGAGACGCCGGUGAGGGAGAGGGACUUGCUUGAAGCUUUGAGGAGUGUUGAAGACCACUUCAUCAGAGCUUAUGAUGCUGGGAAGGAGGUGUCCCGGAUGCUGGAGGCUACUAGGGUGAACCUCCAAACGGGGUUUGAUGAUGCUAAAGAGAAUUCAUCAAAGAUAAUCCAAGCUAUCACAUGGCAUCGGACUCCAUCUUUAUCCUCCUCUCACAAAAGCCAUCUUGCAUCAAGCUCCAAUAGCACAUCCUGGACAGAGAGUAAGAGUGAUCUUUUUGAUGAUUAUAGUGGGAUGGAAUCAGGAAGUCAUUCGCAGACUCUAGGAAGGUUAUAUGCUUGGGAGAAGAAGCUAUAUGAAGAAGUAAAGUCUGGAGACCGCACUCGACAACUUUAUGAGAAGAAAUGCAUACAACUAAGAAAUCUAGAUGCCAAGGGUGCUGAUUCACGUGCAGUGGACAAAACUAGAGCUGUAGUAAGAGACUUGCACACAAGAAUCUGGGUGGCAUUACGAGCAGCGGAAUCAAUAUCAGAAAGAAUUGAACAGUUAAGAGAUGAAGAAUUGCAUCCUCAGCUUAUUGAGCUGCUGCAAGGCCUAUCAAGAACUUGGAAGAUAAUGCUAGAAUCUCAUGAAACCCAAAAACAGAUUAUGUUCGAAGUGAAUUCCUUUACGUGCCCUGCUUAUGGGAAAUUCUGCAAUAAUGCACAGCGCCAUGCAACUCUUAAGCUGGAGGCUGAGCUUCGGAACUGGAGGACAUGCCUUGUAGACUAUAUUGCAGCACAGAAAGCAUAUGUUGAAGCUCUAGAUGGUUGGCUAUCCAAGUUCAUUAUGCCUGAUGUGGAAUUCUAUUCUCAAGCUAGAUCAUCACUUCCACCGUAUAGACCUGGAGCUCCUCCAUUAAUUAUGAUCUGUCACAAUUGGUCAACUACAUUGGGGAAGUUGCCUGACAAAGAAGUAUCUUGUGCAAUGAGAAGAUUCAUCAAGAGUUUAAAGGUUUUAUGGGCUAAGCAAGGGGAGGAGCAACAACAGAAGAGAAAAGUGGAUACCCUUGCAAAAGAGCUUGACCGUAGGAUUCUAGCAUUCCAGAGAGCGGAGAAUAAGGUUCUGGAGUCCAAGCUUCUCGAGCAUAAGCCUGAGCUGGAUGUUAGGCAGCGGGUUGAGUAUCUGUCAGAGAGGAAAGAACUGUUAGUAACAUUCAGGAAGAAAUUGGAAUCAGAGAAAGCAAAGCAUCAUGAUUGCAUGCAGGAUACACAUGAGAUCACUCUAAAUGGAUUUAAGAUAGGCUUGGCCGGUAUCUUCGAAUCACUAACAGAUUUCUCAAAGGAUUCUCUAAAACUUUAUAACGAACUUCUGAUGCAGAAUGACAAAGCAAAGGUGGCAUAUGAGAUGACGGAGAAGCCAUCAUGCAUAGGGGGCUCGCAUUCACGUAUGGAAUUAGAUAACAGAUGAUGAUGGCCGUCUUGUCUGCAACCUUGUUAUUGUACAUUAAGCUGAAGGUCUGGUCGCGUAGCAAAAAAUCUGCAGCUUUGUGGGAACUACAGUUGCUGAUUAUUUUAUUAUUGGCAUUUGGCAGGUAAGUUUCUCCCAGUUUUCUCGACCCUUUUGGGACCUGGUUGGUUUCUAAUUCGAGGUCUUCUGUAAGUAUUAGCUAUGUUUAUUGGGGUAAGGGUCAUAUUUUGGUGGAUAACCAUUGUUGUGAGUAUUGUUUCAGUAUCUGAAUAGAAAAGAGUUUGCUGAAAGUUUUAUGGACAGCAAUGAUCUUCGGUUUUUGCUUGUUUCUGAGUUGGCACUAUAAGAGAAACCAUCCAUCAUCUUGACUAAUGUUUGGUCUUUCAUUUUCUUAUUGGACAAAGCUAUUGGGUUGAACCUUGUGCUCUUAGUGCUUUCUACUGAUUGUAUGAUUGAUAACCUGGAAUCUUGUUUCCCUAGUACUAGGAUGGAGUCCACCCUUUUUCUGGCAGCUCCAUUUAAAAGCA